AUGCCUAGCGUUACAACCAUCACCUUCUUCCUACUCUUGAUCCUCGCCGUAUCCAUCCAGUUCUUCAUUUCUUCGCCCAUGUCUACUUCCACCAACAAACCGUGGGCCGAGGAUCCAUGCAAACUCAUCAGUACGCCGCAAUUUGAGACGAACAAGGACGACAUCUUUACAACUGGGGCAACACACAUGGCACACAUCCACAAUGCCAUACUGCGAGGCUAUAACACUAUAUACUUACAAGCCCCUUAUAUCCAGGAAACAGAUAAACCAGCAUUCAUCGGGUACGCACAAACAUGGUAUCGCUUCGUAAAGAGCCACCAUGAUGAUGAGGAAGCGGAGUUGUUUCCCAAGGUAGAAGAAAUAUUAGGCUCAAAGGAUAUCUGGAAAGAGACACAUGAAGAACACGAAUCAUUUCUCGGCGGUCUAGCAGACUACAACACCUACCUAACCUCUCUCCCCUCUCUACAAUCCUUCAACGGCAAAGAACUUCAGAAUAUAAUGUCCUCGUUCCAAACGCCCUUUAGCCAUCACUUCCACCACGAGAUCAGCACGAUAGCUUCUUUCGCAGACCAUCCUUCCGCUCCAGCGCCAAACACACCGGAAGCAGAACACGCAGCCACUAUCUUCAAAGCCUGGGGUAAGAAGACUGUUACCAAAGCAGGGACCUUUGACGUCGUGCCCUUCUUUUUGAUGAACUUGGAUGCUACAUUUGAGGAGGCGAAAUGGGCGAACUGGCCUCCGAUGCCGGCGCCGGUAAGGUGGGGGUUGGUUAAUGUGGCUGGGAGUGUGCAUUGGACGUGGUGGAAGUUUGCUAGUUGUGAUGGUGGAGGGAGGCCGAAAGAGUUGUAUGCGCUAGAGGGAAAGGAUGGGAAGUAA